GUUCAGUUCCUUCAUUGGCUCAAACGAACAUGAGUCGCGGGGCGUCGUCUGCCACGCUGCUGCCGCCUGGCGAUGCCUCUGACUCUGCCUCAUCCGUCUCGUCGUCUUCAUCGACAACGACUCCUCCUGCUUCAACCACCACGAACACGAACACGAACACUACCAUGACUGCUCUCGUCGACGCUCCAGCAGGCGGCUUGUACAUUCCGCGCGUCGAAUCCUCGCUCCACCAGUUUGCAGACAGCGAGCCGCAGCUCGUCGUGUCGGAGGUGCGCACGCCGUCCAACUUUGUGGAGGAGAAGAUGGCCAAGAACUCGAGCUGGGGCAUUGGCGACGCAUUCUCGCGCCCCACCGCCGCGGAGGAGAAGGACGCCAUCCAACGCAAGUACGAGGAGCUCAUCUCGGAAGAGUUUCGCCUCCAACUCACGCGCGAGAACAACCCGUCCUACAAGCGCAAGACUCAAUUUGGCUUUUUGGACUUGGCCCCGCUUGCCCGAAAUGCUGUCCAGUGUCUCGUCCAAGACGACUUUACCAAGUGCUUUGAGUCGGCUCGUCGCGAUCCGUGGAACUGGAACUUUUACCUCUUUCCGAUUUACUACCUUGGCGUCUUUUUCCGUUAUUUUAUUCUCUUCCCAAUCCGACUCAUUUGCUUGAUAAUGGGCUUUGUCUUGUUCGCGCUCGUCAUGCCGUUGACUUUUCUUUUGCCCGAGGCACGGCGCUCGCGAUAUCAGCAAAAGUGCGUUCAGCUCCUUGCUACGGUUUUUGCCAUGUCAUGGACCGCCGUCAUCCGGUACCACGGGACACCACCUCCCCGUCGGGCCAACCAAAUUUUUGUCGCCAACCACACAUCGCUCAUCGACGUCAUUGUGCUCAUGCAAGAACGACCCUAUUCGAUCGUCGGUCAGCAGCAUGUCGGCGUCGUUGCCUUCUGUCAAAAGUACGUGCUUGGGAGCAUGCGCAACCUCUGGUUUGACCGCAUGGCUGCCAAGGACCGCGCGACUGUCGCCAGCCAUCUCCACGAGCACAUUCAGGACCCGACCAACCCGCCGCUUCUCCUCUUUCCGGAGGGCACGUGUGUCAACAACGAGUACGUGGUCAUGUUCAAGCGCGGUGCGUUUGAUUUGAACGCGACCGUCAUUCCGAUCGCCAUCAAGUACAACAAGAUUUUCGUUGAUGCCUUCUGGAACUCGCGCAUUCAGUCCUUCCCCCAGCAUCUCUUCCGUCUCAUGACCUCCUGGUGCGUUGUCGCCGACGUCUGGUUCCUGGAGCCGCAAACCAAGCUGCCCACCGAAUCGUCGACCCAGUUUGCCUCGCGUGUCAAGGAGCUCAUCUGCAAACAGGCCGGCCUCGUCUCUGUCGCCUGGGACGGCUAUCUCAAGCAUGUCAAGCCCAAUGUGCGCGACAAGGAGGCUCGGCAAAAGAUUUUUGCGCACAACCUGCUCUUCCGCUUUGGCAUGAAUCCCAAGCCUGCUCCAGCAGCAGCGGUGGCACCCAAAGCUCAAGCAACAGCUGCUACAUCAUCUUCUUCUUCUCGCCCCGCCGAUGCUCACACCGGCGCCUGGAUGUCCACCGACGGCGACGUUCUUCCAGCAGAGGACAAGAAGAGCUUGUAGAAGAGUCUUCACACAAACCGAUCUCUCGUCAUUUUUUGCAAUUUUUUUUUCGAUUUUCGCUCUCUGUACAGAUAUAUCCGACCUUGUAAAAAGCAAUAUAUUCAGAAUC